AGGGCCACUGGGACAGAGGGAGGAAGGCUGCCGAAGGAUGCACGGCCUGCCUUGCGUUCGCCCGCACCCUCUGCAGCUUGAGCCAGUCUUGCCUGCCCCGCGGCCCACCCACCCGACCCCACGAUGCGUGUGCCGGGCCUCAUGGUGUCCCUGCUGAGCUUGGAACUGGGGCUGGCUCUGAGCCCACCCCACGCGACAGCCUCGGACUGCGGGUACCUCGGCCCAGCCGAACGUCUGACAUUCACUCCGGCUGCCAGAACCCGGUGGCUGGCCCCUCUGGUCCGCGCGCCUGGGCCCUUGGACCCUCUCUAUGGCACCGUGCGCCGCUUUCUCUCCGUGGUGCAGCUCAACCCUUUCCCUACGGAGUUGGUCAAGGCCCUGCUGAAUGAGCCAUCUUCAGUGAAGGUGGAUGAGGUGGUGCGGUAUGAGGCGGGCUACGUAGUGUGUGCUGUGAUCGCAGGCCUCUUCCUCCUGGCAGUGCCCAUCACUGGGCUCUGCUUCUGCUGUUGUCGCUGCCACCGGCGCUGUGGGGGUCGAGUGAAGACUGAGCACAAAGCCAUGGCCUGUGAGCGUGGCACCCUCAUGGCCUUCCUGCUGCUGACUACCUUCGUGCUGCUGGUUGGCAUGGUCUGUGCUUUUGUUACCAACCAGCGCACGCAUGAACAGACAGGUCCCAGUGUUCAAGCUGUGCCUGAGACCCUGCUCAGCCUCCAGAGUCUGGUGUCUGAUAUCCCUGAGGAGCUGCAGACCGUGGCAGAUCAGUUUUCCUUGCCCCAGAAUCAAGUCUUGGAGGACCUGGAUGGUGUUGGGGAGCGCCUCGGGAACUUAAUUCAUAGCCAGCUGAAGAGCAAGGUGUACCUGCUGCUGGCCUCAGUGCACAGCCUGGGCCAAGCCCUGCAGGUCUCCAUGGACCACCUUCGGGCCCUGAAUGCCACCACCAAGGAACUUCAAGAAGGACAACAGCACCUAGAACCAGCUGUGCGAGACCACCGGGAACGCCUGCUUGCCUUGCUACAGGAUCCCCAGUGUCAGGGGAACUGCACAGGGACCCUGAGCCAAGUCCAUGCUCUAGAGCUGGGUGCUGACUUCAGCCAGGUGCCCCAUUUGGAUGAUGCCCUGUAUCGGCUGAAGGAUGUUCCAGAGACCAACUUCUCUAGCAUGGUCCAGGAGGAGAACAGCACCUUCAACAACCUCCCACUUCUGAUUGGCCUGCAGACGGCCAAUGCAGUCAAAGAUCUGAAGAAGGCAGUGUCUGGGCAGCCUGAAGGUGUGAGGAUGUUGGCCACAGGAUUCCCAGACUUGAAGGCAACUUCUCGCUGGAGCCAAACCCUGGGGGAGCUGGAAGAGUGCAGCCGCCCCUACCUGAAGGAUGUGCAGAGAUACGAGACAUACAGGUGGAUCGUGGGCUGCGUGCUGUGCUCCAUGGUCCUGCUUGUGGUGGUCUGUAACCUGCUGGGCCUCAGCCUAGGCACCUGGGGACUGUCUGCCAGAGAAGACCCCAGCCACUCAGAAGCCAAGGGCGAGGCUGGAGCCCGCUUCCUCAUGUUAAGUGUGAGCUUCAGCUUCCUCUUUGCUGGCCCACUCAUCCUCCUGGUUUUUGCCACCUUCCUGGUGGGCGGCAAUGUGCAGACGCUGGUGUGCCAGAGCUGGGAGCGAGGAGAGCUCUAUGAGUUUGUAGACACCCCAGGGAAUUUGCCCCCAUCCAUGAACCUGUCACGCCUUCUUGGCCUCAAGAAGAACAUCAGUGUCCUCUUGGCCUAUCAGCAGUGCAGGGAAGGGGCAGCACUGUGGAAGGUCCUACAGCUCAAUGACUCUUACGACCUGGAGAAGCACCUGGAUAUCAGCCAGUAUGCCACAAAAAUGCAGCAAGAGUUGAAGGGCUUCAAUGUGGAAAUAAAAGAUCUGGAUCUGCUGAGCCCUGAAGCUCGCCAGGACUUGGAGGCAUUGCAGAGCAGUGGGAUAGAGAAAAUCAGCUAUCAUGACUUCUUUGUUCAGAUCCAGAAGCCUGUGGUGAAGACUGACAUGCAGCAGCUGUCCCAGGAUUUGGAAAGACUGGUUCAAGCCCAAGGCAAUUCUAUGCUGGGACAGCAGCUGCAGGAGGCAGCCCAAGGGCUCAGAAACCUCUACCAUGAGAAGGUUGUCCCCCAGCAGAACCUUAUAGCUAAGCUUAACCUCAAUGCCAGGGCACUGGAGUCUGCUGCCCCAAAUCUCCAGCUGGAGACCACAGCCCUCCUUGGCAAUAUCACCGUCCUAAGAGGAGAGCUGCCUGUCUUUAUCAAUCACAUCAUGGAGAAUGCAAGCAGAUGUUUCAUGACCCGGGAAUUGGGCUACUUCUCCCAGUAUGUGGCCUGGGUGAGAGAAGAGGUGACUCAGCGAAUCGCUACCUGCCAGCCCUUCUCUGGAGCCCUGGACAAUGGUCGUGUGAUCCUAUGUGACAUGAUGGCUGACCCCUGGAAUGCCUUCUGGUUUUGCCUGGGGUGGUGCACCUUCUUCCUGAUCCCGAGUAUCAUCUUUGCUGUCAAGACCUCCAAAUACUUCCGUCCUAUCCGGAAACGCCUCAGCUCCACAAGCUCUGAGGAGACUCAGCUCUUCCACAUCCCCCGGGUCACCUCCCUGAAGCUAUAGAACCCAGUGAACAAGGCAAUGCCCAGGUCAGCCUAUCCUCCCUCCUGGACUCAGCCUAGACCAGAGGACAUCUGUAGCUCCUGCCCAAGAGCCCAGGCUGGCCUCCAGGCCUGACUUGUCCCUGGACUGCAGCUUACCUACCCCCAUCUUACUUGUUUCUUUUCCACUUCUUGCUACUUGGAAUCUCUUUUCAUUCAUUCCCACACCAACACUUAAACUUCUGCUGAGUCUAUAGAGCCAGCAGGUGUUUCUAUGCGUCCAGCCCUUUCCUCCUUGCUACAGUACAUCAGCAUCAGAAGGGAUCUGUUUCCUACCUACUGGAAGCCCUUCUCCAGAUCCUUGGAGAUCCUUGGUUGUGUCCUGUACUUCCCUGUCUCCUUCCACUUUUCUCUUCCCAGACCUCCCCCCCCCCCCAGACCCAUGUUUCUUUCCUUCAGGGCAGUCAUGUUCUCCCUUUGUCCACUCUUUACUGGGCCCAAGGACCCCCUCCUACCCAAUCAAACUCAUCAAGCACAAUCUCCAAAGUUGGAAAGCUGCUAUUGGCCAGCUCUGGACUGGCUUGGGCUCUGCCUCAUGUCUACCCUACACACCACACACACACACACACACUCCCACCCCUGUCCUCCACUGCCACAGUCUUUGACCCUCUGCAUGUCCCAGCCUGGAGAUUUUUUUUUGUCCCUAGUAGAGUGAGAGAUUUACUUGAUAGUUGCACUUUUAUCCCAGGCUAGAAAUAGUAGUGUCAAUCCCAGCUCCUUUAUGAGCACUGGCUUCCAAAUUGGGGCGAUCAUUACCAGGGUUCCCCUUGUCUCCCCUGAAGGUAGCAUCUUCCACGGAUGGUCCCUACGAGCUUUCCCAGGAGUGGUCUGGUGGCCAGAACUGCCUUUUCUAUCUAUACAUGUACCCUGGGGUCACUCCUACAUGCCAGAUGCUGAGGUCCAGAAAAGGUGAAGAGGAAGAAGAGGAAUGGAUAAAUCUCAGUUCCAUUAAAGUGUUCUCACUUCUCUAA